CGACCGGUGACCCGCGGAGAAGUGUACAUCGCCGUCGUACCGACGGUCGCUCGGACUACUGCGAGGCUUUUCGUCACUAAGAAUAUCGCGUUGAUAUCGCGCCAUUACGGCGUCUCGGUCGCCGCAGAGCGCAAUUGUGAGUGGUUGAGAAUAAAACGCGGGUGAGAGAUGCAGCUGGUGCGACGGAAAAGGAGCUCUGCUCGCCCCGCGGACGGUCUGCGUCCGCGGUCAUGACGACAUCGAGCGAAGUCGUCCAGAGUGCAUCACCGGCGGCGUGGUCCUGCGAAUUCUCGACACCGACGGCGGAGUUUUAGUGACCGUUAUUUUUUCCUGUUUUCUCUUUGUACUCGCAUCUUGAGUGGAAAAUACGAAGGCAUGGUUUAUACGUUACUACGUGCACGAAUGGGAUUGUGGCUCCUCCUCAUGCUGGAAGAGCCCAAGAUAAUGUGUCCGAGCUUUGAGUGCCCGACGGAGUUUGGAUGCCGUGUUGUACGAGAACGUUACACAGGUUGUGCUCACUGCGACUGUGCGGACAUCAACAGCGCGACGAUGGACAGUGAUGUACGACAUAGGAAGCCUUUAAUUGUAGACGAACUCCUCGAGUGUCCUCGGUUACGCUGCCCCACUGAACAUGGUUGCUACGUCCUGCAGAGGACCGGGAAGUGUCCCUAUUGCAAAUGCGCGUUGGUGGGCAGCCUGUCAUGUCCGCCGAUCGGGAACUGCCCGGAGGAGUACGGAUGCCUCGUCAGGCAGAGGAGAGGAAAGUGUCCCUACUGCAAAUGCGGUUACAUGAAGCAAGGCCCACGCAGUCGGGGCUAGGGUCAGUACAAGAAGACGCCUGCAUCGGGACGACAGGCGUGUGGACAGAGAACCGAUUACGCGGACCCUUCAUUUGCUCUGGAUUCUACUACAUACGUCACAUUGGAUAUAGAUCAAAGACUCGCCACUUUCCGAGAAUGCUUCGCUCGAUUCUUUUUAUUUAAAUCACGCAAUGUAAUGAAUAUUAUUAAAUUAUGUUUGACUAAUACGAAGCAAAUUAACUACUCGCCGAAUAAAAACGCGUGCUCAUUAACACGCACUACUUGA